AUGAUCCAUGUAUGGACGGUGUCAGGACAGGAGCUGCCGGCCAUUAGCUUGGAGGAUGUCCGCGACGUAAGAGACUUGAAGAGUACACUGCGCAGGCUGCACGGCUUUCCAAUUUGCAUGCAACAGCUAUUGCACAACGGCAAUAGUCUGGAGGACUCCACUCAGCUAGGUCCCUCUUCCGACAUGUCCAUGCAACUGGUCCUCUCGGCCCCUUCCUCGGCCAAGCAGCCGCGUGAGGCCGCCAAUGAGCUUCUUGAAGCUUGCGAGAUGGGGAGCUUGCUAGUUACACGAUUGCUGCUGGAGGCUGGUGCCCAUAAGGAUGAGCAAGACACCACUGGCUACACAGCUCUCAUGUGUGCAGCAAGCCAUGGCCACGAGGAGAUUGUACAGUUGCUGCUGGAGGCGGGUGCGGACAAGGAUGCGCGAGCGCAGCUCUCAUGUAUGCAGCAAGCAAUGGCCCCGAGGUGCCAAUAA